GUCAAAGGUCGCGUGAAAGACUACUGCAACAGAAGAGUCAACAACAUUGGAAGCAGUACAUUCCGAUUGUGUAGACUACAAGAAUGAUCACAACUGUAAUGUGUAAAAUGCUGCUAACCAAGAUCACUAUCAGCGUACAUUUCAUCUUGUUGCUGGUACUGCAGUGUUCAGCUCAGAACACGACAUCGCCAAAUUCAGUAACAAACUCUACUACGAGGGUUACUAUGGUCAAUGCUACGCAACAGAGCACACCUCGGUUCAUUAAUAUCAAUACUUCCAUCAGUAACUGGGCGAAGGCUGGCAUUGCUAUCGGCCUGGCCCUUGGGGUUGUUCUGAUCGCUGGGAUCGUGGCUGGCAGCUGCCAUUGUUGGUUAAGGAAGCAAAAAGGAAGCAACUUGGUACCCAGCAAAGACGAAGAAGAAGUAGAAGAAGAGGUUCGCAUCGCUGAAUGAUGAUGUCAAUAAUUUACCUAAAAGUGGAGCUAUAAGGCAGCUAAUUGAAUAACUACAUGUAUAUAAAACGACAAUAGCUGGUAGAGCUAUCAUAAUUAUCUAUAACCCAUUUCCCCCCAAAAAAUUGUAAUUAUUGUCACUGAUACGCGAACAUGUCCAAUACAUUAUACGUUAUAAGUAAUACCAACACUACGUACAGAAUCAUGUGUUGAUAUUAUUACAAUGCCUGGGCUGCUAACACUAUCAUGCAAUGGCGUUUCAACGAACACAACAGUGUUGCAGUACCACAUGUAGCCGUCAGAAGCCGUUGCAUACACAUACCUUGAGUACGAUGCACAGAGUUUAUAAACGCGAUUAUAUGGCUUGGGUGCAAUUGCAAUAAACACGCAUAUGUUUACAUGUACAUGCAUAGUCAGUGUUCGAUAACCCAGACAAGAAAAAACAGAAUUUUGGACCACGGAUAUUUUUCGGGCUCUGAAUAGAAAAAUGUAUAAUGUUCAGACUGAACCUGCCUUAACAACAGUAAUUGCAUAUUUCACACAGAUUGCAUGCCCUACACGUUGCCACUAAAUGUAGACUAUACAUAAUACUUGCACUUUGCAACCCAAACUUGGAGUAAAUAAAUGGUCAGAAACCAGAA